UUGCAGCAUGGAUCGGGGCCCAGGGAGCCGGGAUCUCUGACAGCCUGGGCUGCUGGUGGGCAAGGGCAAGGAAGCCCUUGAGAGGCCAGAGAAGGGCCCAGAGAAGAGACCAGGAAGCCCUUGAGAGGCUGGAGUCCAGGCUAGAGAAGAAUCAAGUCUGGAAGGGGCUGGCAAGAGAAGGGCCAAGAGAAGCCCUUGGGAAGCUAGAGAACAGCCCAGGGAGGAGGCUAGAGAAUCAUCUUUUGGUGGCUACAGAAGAGGCCAGAGAAGCCAUCACAAAGCCCCCGAGAGGCUAGAGAAGAGCCCAGGGAAGAGGCUAGAGAGUCAUCUUUUGGUGGCUACAGAAGAGGCUGGAGAAGCCAUCACAAAGCCCUUGAGAGGCGAGAGAAGGGCCCAGAGAAGAGACCAGGAAGCCCUUGAGAGGCUAGAGUCCAGGCUAGAGAAGAAUCUUAAGUCUGGAGGGGGCUGGCUGGCUAGAGAAGGGCCAAGAGAAGCCCUUGAGAAGCUAGAGAAAAGCCCACGUAGGAAGCUAGAGAAGAAUCUUUUAGUCACUAGAGAAGAGGCCAGAGAAGGGACCACCAAGCCCUUGAGUGGCUAGAGAAGAGCCCAGGGAAGAGGCUAGAGAAUCAUCUUUUAGUGGCUAGAGAAGAGACCAGGAAGCCCUUGAGAAGCUAGAGAAGGGCCAAGAGAAGGGACCACCAAGCCCUUGAGAGGCUAAAGAAAAGCCCUGAGAAGAGGCUAGAGAAUAAUAUUUUAGUGGCUAGAGAAAAGGCCAGAGAAGUGAUCACAAAGCCCUUGAGAGGCUAGAGAAGGGCCAAGAGAAGGAACCACCAAGCCCAUGAGAGGCUAGAGAAAAGCCCAGGGAAGAGGCUAGAGAAGGAUCUUUUAGAGCACUGGUUCUCAAGCUUUGGUCCUCCAGGUGUUUUGGACAUCAACUCCCAGAAAUCCCAUCCAACUUGCCAGCUAUUAGGAAUUGUGGGAUCUGAAGCCCAAAAUACUUGGGAGGACCAAAGGUUGAGAACUGUUUUAGAGGCUAGUGAAGGGCCAAAAGAAGAGACCAAGAAGCCCUUGAGAAGCUAGCGAAGAGCUGAGGGAAGAGGCUAGAGAAGAACCUUUUAGUGGCUAGAGAAGAAGAGGCUAGAGAAGAACCUUUUAGUGGCUAGAGAAGAAGAAGCUAGAGAAGACUCUUUUAGAGGCUAGAGAAGGGCCGAGAGAAGCAAGACAAGAAACUACAAAGCCCAUGAGAGGCUAGAGAAGGAUUGAGAGAAGAAUCUUUUAGUGGCUAGAGAAGGACUGAGAGAAGAUGCUAGAGAAGAGACCACAAAGCCCUUGAGAGGCUAGAGAAGGGCUGAGAGAAAAGGCUUGAGAAGAAUCUUUUGGAGGCUAGAGAAGAGCCAAGAGAAGAACCGAGAGAAGGGACUACAAAGCCCCUGAGAGGCUAGAGAAGAGCCUUUGAGAGAAGGGUCUUGGAGAGGUUGGAGCAGGUCGGAUCCCCGCUGGAGAGAGGCAGACCCCGGCCAUGCCUGCUUCUUCGGCCCCUUCCCUGGCAGAGACCUUCCUGUCCUUCCUGGUGAUGGGCCUGGCGGUGGGCCUGGCGUGGGCCUCCCGGUGCCUGUCUCACCGGCACCUUCCCCCACGGACACACCGCCUGGUGCUGGAGUGCUCGGGUGCCUUCCAGAUCUGCGCCUGCACACGGGAGCUGCGCCUCCUGUCCACGCUGCCCCCGCAGCCCCACACCGCCCUGGCCCUCACCUACCUCUCCACCGCCCUCCACGGUCGGACCCUCGUGGGCAGCGUCAACAACCCCUCCAGCAGCUUCCAGCUCCUCUUCAAGGGGCGCCUGGCGGGCACCACGUGGGCACUGCACACCUCGGCCCAGUUCCUGGGUGCCCUUGCUGCCCACCUCUUCACCCGUGGGGCAUGGAUGCUGGGCAUGACGGAGGCCCACGCGAGAGCCCAGGACGAGGCCUGCACAAGCCCCCUCCAGACUUCGGUGGCCCACGCGUUCGUCCUGGAGCUGCUCUUCUCCUUCCUGCUCCACCUGAUGCUGCUCCAGUUUGAGUCCCUCAGCCACCAGGCCAGGAGCCACCUGGUCGCCCUCCUGAUCACCACCUUGGUCUACGAAGGAGGACACCUCACAGGAGCCAUAUUCAACCCAGCUCUGGCUUUUUCUAUGCACUUAAACUGCUUCAGUGAAAAAUUUUGGAACUACAUCCUGGUGUACUGGAUAGCUCCAUGCUUAGGGUCCGUAUUGGUGGUCAUCGCAUGGGACGAAAUCCUUCCCCUGCUGCACAGAGAAGCGUAGGAAGUAGAGAAGGAGUCUUUUUCAAGAGACUGUGAAUGAAACUGGCACAGCAGCGUUUUGCACAAACAGGAGACAAACAGGAAACUGGACAUCUGUCUUUUACUUUGACAGCUUUCAGACCCUUAUUUUGGAACAUCCUGACAGUUUAAUUAUUAAACAGUAUUUGUUUGCGCCCUUGGAACACUCAGGACCGAUUUUCCCAACCUGAACCAUGGUUUUCAAAUGACAAGAGUGGGCUAACCUUAAACAAGGGGAUCUCUUUUUCAGCUCUCCUCCAAGUCAAUACAGAUGAAGACGGAACAAAUUAAAAUAACUAAUGGUAUAACUGAAUGCCUUCGUAAUUUUUUCCUGUGACAUUUAAACAAGUUACAUUGAAAACAAUCUACCUCAGACAUUCUGGGAAAUAACCUGCUGCAGGUCAAUUUUGGAUUUCUAUUUCUUUAGAGUAAAGCCUGCAUCUAUUACACGGAUAUCCCAUUUAAACUGGGCAGAGUAGGAGUGGAUUGUGAACAACAUUUUCUAGUACAUUUUCAUCAUUGAGGCAAGGAAGCACUUGAAGCGCAGAGUGGGGAACAUUGUGGAAUGUUUUAAUAAAAUCCUUUUCACAUAGUUUUUGAGUCCAUAAUGGUGGAUUCUGACUCAUUUGUGUGAUUAAAAAUGAGGUCAGUGGAAUGGAAACAAUUAAUACAGGGCUCAGAAAUAAAUUAAAAAAAAACA